AUGGCUACCCAGCACGACCAAGUCGUCUCGUCUGCUGCCCCACAAGCCCCCGCCACCGCCGCUGCACGGCCCACCGCGACGCCGCUUGCGCUCCGCCUCCCCGACGAGCUGUGGCUCCUCAUCCUCGCCGAGGUCGACUACUGCGCGCUCAAGCAGGCCCAGAUGAUCUGCAAGAAGGUGCAGCGGCUCAUCCAGGACAAGCGCCUCGACGCCCAGCUCUUUCGCCUCGGUCCUGUCGACGGCAAGCUCGAGGUCGGCAUGAGCUUCGAGCUCCAUCCACACGUCGAGCGCCUCGACCCUGUCGCCCGUGCGAGGUGGCUCCUCGUGCUCGCAAAGGAGGCGAGGAAGCGCCGUCCGUGGCGCUACACGCCGUGGAGCUACCCUGCUCUGGACGACUACAUCACCUCGCCUGCCUGCACCCGCCUCAAGGUCCGUGUCGCGCCGACCAUGCUGUACGGCGACGACGAGAACGAGCACACGUUCGUCGUCCUCGAGCGUCGUGACGGCGUGACGGUCUUUGACGUCUUCAAGGCCCUCGGCGAGUGGUACGACACGCGCGCUCCCAGGUACGUCACGGACGCGGCCGGCUACGGCGACCUCGCCGAGAAGCGCGGGACCGACAACGAGGAGAUGGUCCGGUACUUUUUCUUCGAACACUGGAGCGAGCUCGUCGUGCGGGCGGGCGAGGGCGCACAGUCGGGCAUGAGCGUCUACCUCGAGGCGACCAUGUACACCGACUAGACGGCGAGUCGCAGUCGCAUUGCCUCGAGAGGGACCCGAUUGUGUCUUCGUCGUGCUCCCUCUCCUUGCGCUGUGCAACGUGCGCUCGUCUCUCUGUC